AUGGCUCAGGCAGGCUGUCAGGUCACAAUACUUGAAGCGGCAGAGCAGUUGGGAGAGAUUGGCGCUGGCAUCCAGAUGACCCCGAACGCAUCGAGACUCCUCAUUCGAUACGGCGUCCACGAGGCGAUUGGCGACAAUCUGGUUCCAUUCACAGAGCUCAAUCUGAGAAAGAAGAAUGGAGAGAAAGUGGGCUACACCUUGAUCAAGCGGGUCGAAGAGGCUCUUGGAUAUCCUUGGUGGCUGGUCCACAGGCACCAUCUUCACACCGGCCUUGUGAAGGUUGCGCGGCGCAAUGGUGUGCGAAUUCUUGUGGGCAGCAGGGUUCGAGAUUUGAUUCAAGGGCCGGAAGGGAGCGUGAAUGUGGCUACGACAACUGGGAAGACGUACGCCUUUGAUCUGGUCGUGGGUGCUGACGGUGUCCAGUCCGUGGUCCGAAAGACGCUGUUUUUGCACGUCAGACCUUGUCCUCCAACUGGAAAUUGCGCAUACCGAGCGAUCGUCCCUUACGAUGAAGUGAGGUGUGACCCUCUGACGAGAUCACUUGUGGAAGAUGCGAAUGGUGACUCAAUCAAGACAAUGGAAGUCUGGAUGUCGCCUUCGGGCUACAUCAUCUCGUAUCCGAUAUCGAACUGUAAGGAUUUCAACAUGGUUUUGAGUCACUUCCGCAAGCCUUCUGUCGACACAGUGCAAGAGGUGUCUGUUGAGGAAGUGCGCAACGAGUACCAAGGAUACGAUGCUCGGAUUGAGAGAGUUAUCAGUAUGAUCAAGGCGCCGAUCGCUCGUUGGCCUUUACUUGUGACCGGACCCUUGGAGUCUUGGUCAAACUCAGCAAAGAACGUUGUUCUCAUGGGAGAUGCUGCGCAUAGCAUGACCAACCAUAUGGCACAGGGCGCGGCAACGAGCAUGGAAGAUGGCGCCUUCCUGGCGAGAUGCCUCAGUCAUGUCGUGGGUGGCACACUAAGUCUGCGAGAUGCGAUCGCGCUGUACGAACGUGGGCGCAUGCCGAAAGCAUCGUACAAGCAACAAUUAUCUUACCUCAAUGGGUGGCUCUGGCAUUUGCCCGACGGGGCAGCAGCAGAAGCCAGGAACCGAACGAUGACGUGUGAACUGGAUGGCCAAGUCCCAAUCAGGAGCGCCAAUCUUUAUGGCGAUCCGAGCACAGUGCUGGAAUGCUAUGGCUACGACGCUGAAGAGCAUGCUGAUCAAGUCGUUGAAGAAUAUUUCAAUUCGGCUCCGAUAAAAUGCCAAGCGACCAGCGUUACCCAGACUGAGGCGUGCAGAAAAGCAAACUGGUUUCUCCCCGGCAAGUUCCAGUUCACGCCGAAACUGUGACCUGAAUUGGCGGGUUUGCAACAAGCAUAU